AUGGAAGAAAUUGAACACAAGUUCGUGAAUGUGGGAGAUCUCAAACUCCACGUAGCUCAAAUUGGAACCGGUCCAAACGUCGUCGUAUUCCUCCACGGCUUCCCUGAGAUAUGGUACUCCUGGCGCCACCAGAUGAUAGCCCUCGCCGCUGCCGGAUUCAGAGCUAUCGCUCCCGAUUACAGAGGCUAUGGCCUUUCCGAUCCACCACCCGAACCUGAAAAGACCACCUUCUCUCAUCUUCUCGACGACCUCCUAGCUAUUCUCGACGCUCUUUCUCUUUCCAAGGUGUUCAUUGUUGGAAAAGAUUUUGGAGCUCCUCCUGCAUAUUUGUUUUCCAUUCUGCAUCCGGAAAGGGUAUUGGGAGUUAUUACCUUGGGAGUUCCAUAUGCUCCACCACGACCGGCUACUUAUCAUAAAGUCCUCCCGGAAGGUUUCUACAUUUUGAGAUGGGCGAAACCAGGAAGGGCGGAGGCUGAUUUUGGACGCUUUGAUGCAAAAACUGUUGUUCGAAAUGUUUACAUCCUUUUCUCAAAGAGUGAAAUACCUAUAGCUGUUGAAAACCAGGAGAUCAUGGAUUUGGUUGCACCGGAUACCCCUCUUCCGUCUUGGUUCACUGAGGAAGAUCUUGCAACAUACGGAGCUCUGUAUGAAAAAUCUGGAUUCCAAACUGCAUUGCAGGUUCCAUACAGAUCAUUUGGUGAAGAUUUUAACUUGCCGGAUCCUGUAGUCAAAGUUCCAGCACUCCUGAUAAUGGGUGGAAAGGAUUAUGUUUUCAAGUUUCCAGGGAUUGAGGAUUUAACAAAGGGUGAAAAGGCCAAAGAGUUUGUUCCUAAUCUGGAGGUAACGUUUAUUCCAGAGGGAACCCAUUUUGUUCAAGAACAAUUUCCAGAACAGGUGAAUCAGCUUAUCCUUGCCUUCCUUGCCAAGCACACUUGA